UGUGAGCUGAUUCGUUCGCUACCGACACAUCACGACUGGAGCAGUCCCAGAAAACAUGGCGACGAUGAGACGAAGCAGGAAUAACAUUUGCGUCCUCUCCCUGCUCAUUUAUCUCCAGCUCUUGAUCGGCGGAUGCCUGUCGGCUCCGACGAAUGCCACCUCGGAAGGUGAACCUGCAAAGACCGCAAACGGGCCUCAAAGUCCUCCCCUUGCCAGCGGCAAAGACGGCACGCAAACAGAACCUUUGGCAGCUCAAGUGGACACCACAUCUUCAACCGAUGUGAAGAAUCCAGCAGAACCCAGCAGCAAUGCCUCGGCACCAGUCAAGAUCCGGCAACCCGAAAUCAACCAAACGGUGUCCAGUCAACCCAAGAUGCCAAAAGAGGAUGGAAACGCUCCGGUCGUCAUCGGCUCCCCUGUGAGUGACCCGAAGCAAAUGUCUGAAGGACCUGAGCGUGCAGGAUUACAGGAGACCAACACUAAAACGUCCGACAUCGUGGCUACAACAGACAAACCUGCCGCUUCUAAAACCACCACCACCUCCUCUGUCAAAACCCCCCAACCGACCAAACCUGCAGUGGAGGAGACCACCGCCUUGGACUCUAAAUCCUUAGAUACUCAGAACCCAACCGCCGUUCUGCAGGACCUUGAAUUAGAACUGCUGCAGCCCGCUGGCAAAGACGUCACAGAUCAAUACAGAGAAGAUGACGACGACGACGACGACGACGACCAGGACAACUACACCGACAGCGAAGACCUGGAGACAGAGUACGGCCUGGAAGCCAACGACGACAACGCCAAAGACCAGACGGUGAUCCGAGUGGAAGCACCGUACAGGAAGGAAGACACUAGCUACAAGGGGCCCGCCCUCUACAACACAGACGAUGAGGACUCGCACUUCUUCUUUCAUCUGGUCAUCCUGGCCUUCCUGGUGGCCAUCAUUUACAUCACCUACCACAACAAGAGGAAGAUCUUCUUGCUGGCUCAGAGCCGCCGCUGGAAGGAGAGUCUUUGUUCCCGCAACACGGUGGAAUACCACCGCCUAGACCAGAACGUCAACGAGGCCAUGCCGUCCCUCAAGAUGACCCGCGACUACAUCUUUUGAACCAUAAGCCCCUCUGUGCCCCCACACCGCCCCCUCGCGUCCACCCUUCCUGGCGUUGUUGGGCAUCCAUGUUUGUUUUCCCUGCGCUAGCAUACAGAUAUUUUUGAUGCUUCAUUUUAUGCUUUCUCUUGUUUUCUAAAAGUCUGAAUUUCUUAGGUUUGGGGGGGGUCUCCUUUUAUUCCCCCCCCCCUUCUCUUUUUAGAUUAGAAACAUUCCUCUGAUCAGCCAACAAAUGACACUUUGAUCUUGAGUGUGUAAUAAUAGUAGAAGUAAUGUUUAUGCAAACUUAAAGAGGAGAAGCAGUGCAGUGGAUAAAAGCAACAUGAUCAAUAAGUUGAUAAUGAUAAGUUGAUUGAAACAUGAUGCUGCUACGUGCCCCCUACUGGCCACAUGCUGCCAUGCAGGUCUCCUGGCCGCUCCUCUUUGCUUUAUGACUUCGGUGAAGUCCCUGUCAAUCAUCCACGCCGCCCCCAACUCACAAAAUCUUCACACAGUGUGUGUGUGUGUGUGUGUGUGCGCGCGCGUGUGUGUGUUGCCUGCUCUGGAGCCUCACAUUAAAAAUAUCUACUUUUUUGUUGCCUUA